AUGCGGGGUGGCUUCCAUCAUUCUGCAGCCACACGUGUGUUGGGAAGGCUUAUCUCGAACGGUUGGUUUCUUCUUGCUGUUGUUUGCUUGUUGGGGGUCAACCCUGAGAGUCGGUAA